UAAAGAAAACUCUAUGAGAAAACCUCCUUUAUAACCAGGUGAACCGCUGUGGGUGUUUUUGGUUCAGAUAAAAUUGUCAUGAAGAAACACGUUAGCAGGGAUUGCAGGAUAAGCAGGUAGAACCUGCUGGAAUUAGAUUUCCUCUUCAGCACCAAGUUCUUUUUUUGUGUAGAAGUGUGCAGGAUACCCGGCACACCCACCUGAGGCUCAUGCAUGAGGUCUGACAGAAAGGGUGAGGCUUCAGACUCGUGUCCCAGCCAAUCUGUGACUUGUCCCCAGAAGACUCCCUGCCUUGUUACGAAGACUUCUACCAUGCCUGAGACUGCAGAGGCCCACUCUGUCACCCUUGCCACCAAUCGCAACUGCACCAUAGAGAUCACCAAUGUUAGCGCCGUCUUUUGCCUCGUCAACCCCAAGGUUCACAUGGAGAGCGGGUUCUCCUUCAGCCCUCCACAGCCCACCGUUCGCACCACCAAGACCGAAGUCUGCUCUUUCAUUAAAGAUGACAACACGGCCACGGGCGCCGUGGGCGUGUUGACCUACGAGAUGUUCCACAUGAGGGAGCAGAGCUGCAGCGAGCUGAUCGCCAUCAUGUUCUCGGUGCCGUUUGAUUACACGUUCUACAAGAACUGGCUGGGUGUGGGGAUCUUUGACAAGGCACGAGGUUGUGAUGACAAGUUGUUUGAUCACAUGUAUAACAGCAAAGAUUUCACUAGCUUUGUGCGCCAAGAGGCCAGUGGGUCAGGGGUGUUGUACCAAGGGAAAGAGGUGGACGUGAGGGCCUGCAUGUCAAAUGAGGGCAAGGCCAUCAUCAAGCUGGAGCUCUAUGAUAAGAUGGGCCGAUGAGCUGUCACUAACACUAACAGAAUCCAGCCUUCAGAAUUAAAAGAUGUUCCAUCUGCCGAUGAAGACAUGAAUGAAUGCCGUUCUCAUCACUAAGAAUAAACAAAUAUAAAAUAAAA